UGCAGUAAGGACACUAGAAGAAAAAAACCAACAAACAUCAUGAAGCUUUCGAUUGCUGUUGUCUCGCUGUUUUGCAUCGUCGCAUGCGCCCACGCAACUUUUGCACCCACUAGACCUGGGCAGCCAUCAUUUCCUUAUCCUGGUACUAGAGGAGGAUGGCCCCCAAGAUCUACAGGACCAACUUUCCCUCGCCCUCCCCAACAGCCCAUUAAUCAUCGAUUUCGUCGGGAGGCAAGCCCGACUUUUGCACCCACUAGACCUGGGCAGCCAUCAUUUCCUUAUCCUGGUACUGGAGGAGGGUGGCCCCCAAGAUCUACAGGACCGACUUUCCCUCGCCCUCCCCAACAGCCCUUCAAUCAUCGUUUUCGUCGGGAGGCAAGGCCGCAGCAAAACUCCAUCAGUCUUGAGGGCGUUAAACCUCUGAGUGGACCAAAUCGCCAGCCCUCCCUUGAUCUUAACUACAACCAUCGAAUCUUUGAGGACCAUCGCGGCAACCUUGAUGCCUACGGGGGCGCGAACUGGGCGCCUGGCCGACUAAGCCCACACGCGGGACUCAAAUUCGAAAGGAACUAUGGAAAUGGCUUUAUUGGUGGCCAUGGUCAAGUGCAGCCGGGACCUGGAGGUCGCAUGGAUCCCUCGAUCGGCAUUCAUGGUGGAUUCCGAUUUUGAAUAAAAUUUGAUCAUUAAUUUAUACUUCCACGUCCGUGUCCAUUCAAUAUAAUAUGUAUUAUAAUGUAUAUAAUUUAUUUGAGAAAAGGCUUGAUUAUUCUUUGUAAAAAAUGUAAGACUAUUAUAAUUAUUAUUCUGUAUUUGUAAAAAAAAAUUAAAUAAAAUAAAAAUAAGUAAUUC